GUGACAGCAUACGUGGUGGAGCGCAACGGGUGUUUCGACGUGCUGCUGGACGUGGCUGCUGCCCACAUGCAGUGCCGCCACGACCUGCCACUCUGCAUCCACUGGGGCAUAUUCCGCUCGGAUCGCUCCACGUGGUUCCUCCUCAAUGACUCCCAGACGCCGCCAGGCACCGUGUUCCUGAGAGGAAAGACGGACGCCAUGCGCACGGUACUGCAGGAUGAUCCCACGCCCGGCCACCGCUCGCUGCUGCUCUCCUUUGACGCGGAGCUCGCCCCCUUCUCCCUCAACUUCGUGCUCUUCCAGCCGCUGCCUGGCACGGCCAUCGGAAACAAGUCGCUGGAAGGGCUCUGGCUCAGGAAUUCCCUGCAGAUGGAUCUGUGUGUGCCCAUCGGCAUGGGCCGCGGCAGCGCCAGCCCUCUGGGAGCCACUCCCAAUGCGGACGGGUCGGUGAACUUCGCCCUUUACUCACGAUACGCCGAGGGCGUCGUGCUCUGCCUCUACCUGCCUGACGACGCCGAACCCACGCUGGAAAUCGAUCUCGAGCCGUCCAUUCAUCGCACGGGGGAUGUGUGGCACGUCAGCAUUGAUGCUGCUGACGUCAGCAGCUUCACGCGCUACGGGUACCGGGUGCAGGGCGACCCUGACUGGGAGGGUGGAAACCGCUUCCAUUCCCGCCUUGUGCUCAUGGACCCCUACGCCAAGGAGAUGGCCGACCACGUGCCCGGCCAAGAGGACCUACCGUCGCCAGCAGCGGCGUUGGCAGUCAUCCCCACCAUGCAAGAGCCGCCCUUCGACUGGCAGGACGACUUUCCCCCCAACAUCCCAUCGGAGCAGCUGGUGGUGUAUCGCCUCAACGUGGCAGCCUUUACAGCAGACGAGAGCAGCGGGGUGAGCGAGGCGGGGCGGGGCACGUUUCAGGGCGUGCUGGAGAAGGUUGACCACCUGCUGGCGCUGGGAGUGAAUGCGGUGCUUCUUCAACCAAUCGCGGCGUUUGACGAGACUCAAGGACCCUACUUCCCUAUCAAUUUCUUCGCCCCCAUGCCAUCCUACGGACCUACUGACUCUCUCAAGCUGCUAGUGAGGGAGCUGCACGCGAGGGGCAUCGAGGUGCACGUGGAGGUGGUGGUCAGCCACACCGCGGAGGGCAGCGAUGAGAGCCCCAAGCCCAUCUCCUUCCGUGGCAUUGACAACCGCGCCUACUACAUCAAUGACGCCUAUGGCAAGCAGGUGGUGCCGGAAUACGGAUCUCCCAACGCCUUCAACUGCAACAGCCCUGUGGCACUCUCCUUGAUAGUCGACGCGCUGCACCACUGGGUGGAGGAGUACCACAUCGAUGGCUUCUCCUUCAUCAACUCGUCUGCUCUCACCACGGGCCCGCAUGCGCAGCCGCUCUCCCGCCCGCCCCUCGUGGAGGCCCUGGCCUUGGACCCGCUGCUGGCUGCAGUGAAGCUCGUGGCUGACGCUGCCAUGCCGCUGCUCUCCGCACAGAAGGCCUUUGCAUUCCCGCACUGGAAGCGGUGGCAGGAAAUGAACAGUGCUUUCUGUUUCGACAUCCGCAGAUUCGUUUCCGGGCAGCCUGGGCAGAUCAGUGGGCUGGCAACCCGGCUGUGUGGCAGUGGAGAUCUCUUCUCCUCAGGCCGAGGCCCAGCCUACGCCUUCAACUACAUCACCGCAUUCCAAGGGCUCACUCUGGCUGACCUCGUCAGCUACAGCAUGGAUUCAGAGGCCAGCUGGAACUGCGGCGCUGAGGGAGUGAGCGCGGAUGAGGGCGUUAUGCGGACACGGUUGAAACAGGUGCGCAACCACCUGGCGGUGCUCUUCCUCUCGCUGGGAGUUCCCGUGCUGACAGCUGGCGACGAGUACGGCCACUCCAAGGACGCACAGCUGGCAGCAGAUUACUCCGAGUCCCCCUUCCUCUGGAGCGCCCUGGGCUCUGAUCUGGGAGUGCAGCUCACUCGCUUCAUCGCCUCACUUGCCAACUUCCGCCGCCGCCGCACACUGCUGCUGCAGCGCAAGGACUUCUAUUUUGGGGGGGACAUUGUGUGGCACGGCGCGUUUCCCAACCAGCCCGAAUGGGACAACCCCAGCUGCUGCUUCCUAGCCUGCACCGUUCACAGUGCCGGCAUCGAGACAUCAGCCAAGGAGGCCGCGGAAGAGGCAGGAGUGCCGGUUCCCACUGCCGCCCCGGCUGUAACACCCACGCUGCCGGUUGGCGAUCUCUACUUCGCCUUCAAUGCACAUGCCAAUGAGAUGGUCGUGGAGCUGCCUGCGCCGCCUGUCGGCAUGAUGUGGCACCUUGUGCUGGACACGGCUAAGGACUAUCCGGCUGACAUCACAGAGCUACCAGCCCAAGGCAUGCCUCCAUCCAUCGCUGCGAGUCCGUCCAUGGGCCAGCGCAUCGCCAACGGACUCACGCUACUCGACUGCGCUAAGAGCGGCGUUGAACACUUUCACAAGGUUCGGCAGCGAGACAUCUCUGCCAGGGCGGAUAGGUACAUACUGGUGACAUGCGAUGAAGGAGCAUCGGCAAUCAAGGUGGUCGACCGCUUCCCCUUCACCAAUUUCUUGCGGGUUCUCAAGGCUGUCAAGGUGGGAGGUCUCUCGUCUGUCGGCCAAUCACUGCGCUCCACGUUUGAUCUGCUGCACACUCAGCGCCUCGCAGCAGACGUUGACCGAUGGGGCAUGGGUCGUAAUCUCGCCGCCGUGGAUCCAACGGUUGUCAUGCUUCUCACCGAUGGCACACACUUCACAUCGCGGUUUGGAGUGUCAACGAGCCUGGGCCUGCUACCAGCAACCAACUCCCUUCCACCAGGCGGCGAGCUGGCAUCACAGCCGUUCCGGUGGGAGCAGCGAGUGCUCGCCACCAUCCUGCGCAUCCCCAGCGCCAAGCCGGAGCACCUUGAGAGGAUUGGCCCUCUGCCCGCCGCUGGCCCCAUCUCGGAAUCUCCGGCUGCUGUGGCUGUGGACACGACUGCUGUGGCUGUGGACACGAGUGUGUCAGCCCUGUGUGAAGCCACUGGUGGCAAGUGCAGUGUGGUAACCAGCUGGAAGAUGCUCUUUCAGCACCUAGAUAUUGUCGCCUCGCGCCUCUCGCCAGCUGUCGUCGUCUCAUUUGACCAUGUGCCACUACCGGGUGGCGUACCCAUGCCGCCCCAAGUACACGCUGCAUGCCAACGAAAGCUAUUAUUCGUUCGCAACCUGCCCACCGCCGGACCUGCAGGCUCGGCAGCUGGGUUGGGCGCUCCAGGCGCAGCAGGCUUGGCAGGACAGCUAGGCUUGGCACCGCCGCAGCCGGGCGCCGGGCCUCCUCCAGUAGUUUGGCCCAUACCUGAAGCAUUCUGGCCGGAUUUUACCACUCCCAGUCCUGCUACUGCUGCUGCUGCUGCUCCAGUUGUCUCCUCCAGCCCUUCCGUUCCUCCCCUCUUUCCUCCUCGCGACCCCCACCCCGUGAUAACCUAUCGGGCGGUGGAUACAGACGCGCGCGUGCCGCCCGGGAUACCAGUAGACAAGUACGAGAUUGAAGGGUGUCCCAUUCUGGGCUUCCUCAGCAAGGCCGGCCCCAACGUGUGCUGGCAGGUGUUCAUGCGAGGGAGCAAGGGUCCGCGGAACGGCCUGGGUGAUCCAUUCGGGUAUCUCAGAGUGAACCGGCCAGGCAGCUCGCUCACUCUCCACGUCCUGCCGUACAACUACCCUGUGCUGUUCCCUUUGGUAGAGCAGCUCCAACGAAUGCCGCCCCAUACAAGGGCCUCCCCGCCGGCCGGCUGGCGGCACGACUUCGAACGUUACUGCACCGGCGUCCCUCCGUACUAUGCCGCCCCACUCCGAGCCGCCAUGCGCAGGCUCGGCGUGUCAGCCGCAGGUGCGGCGGUGCCGGACCUGAUGGACGCCAGCCUGGCAGCAGGUCCGGUGGCGUCGCAGCUGCGGCGGUGGCGGGUGAAGGCGAAAGGGGAGAUCGAAGAGCGGUUGCAGGAGAUUGCAAAGACAGCCAAUCAGAUGGCUCAGUUCGCCGCAGCCCGCCCUCCUCCCCUGUCCACGCUCUCCUUCGAGGUUCCUCUGGCUCUACCCUCCAUCGCCCCACUCACUGCUGUUCAACCGCCCUCUGACAAACCAAAUGAACAGAAGCAACAGCACCAGCAGCACCAGCAGAAGCUACAACAGCAGCAGCAGCAGCAGCAGCAGCAGCAGCAGCAGCAGCAGCAGCAGCAGCAGCAGCAGCAGCAGCAGCAGCAGCAGCAGCAGCAGCAGCAGAGAGUAGUGCAGCUGCUGCCACCCCCACCGCCUCCGCGCUCCUUCCCUGUCUUCCCCAUCCCUCCUCCGCCCUCCGCCUCUCACUCCCAUCCGCCCCUUACCUCCACCAAUCCGGUCGCUCCAUCUGUCCCUCCUUCCCUCUCUGGGGCUGUGGAGGCUGGGGAGGCUGGUGCUUACAGCGGAGGUGCUUACAACGGUGGUGCUUAUAGCGCUGGUACUACUGGUGCUGCUGGUGGUCCUGGUGGUGCUGGUGGUCCUGCAGGGGUAUUAGGGGCAGGUUCAGGGGGUGGUGAGGCGCCGGGGGCAGGGCAAGGGCGACCAGCGGGGCAAGGGCGACAAGCAACCAUCUUCACGAACCCGUGUGAAGUUUCUCGAGAGGAUUCUUUGCGGCAAGUGCUUCAUCUGCCACUUCGCCUGGCCGCCAUUCUCAGCAGCAGCAGCCCUGCCUUUGAACCUGGAAAGCCAUCUGCUGCAUAUCGACCCAUGGCAUCACCACUGGACCCAAUUCAAGAAGAGAGAGUGCUGCAGGGAGGGGGGAGGGGUCGGCCAAAGGGGGGAACAGCAGGUGGUGCUGUUGCUGCUGCUGCAGAUAAUGUGGCAGCGCCGUGGUUCACUGGUGGAUAUGACGUUGACAGGUGGCGUGCUCUGAUUGGUGCGGUGGGGAAGUGGGCGCUUCUGGCGGAGGAGGAGGCAAAGCACACCGUCAGCAUCGAAAAGAUGGGCGACUUCAACGACGCGCUCCAGAGGCAGCAACCAACCCGCAGCCCCUAUAUCGACGAUCAGGAUCGCAUCAAGGCGGCACGGACGGCCUUUGGCAACCCGUACCGGCAGGACAAGCCAGACAUGCCCACAGCCAACGAGGCAUUCCUUCGCCUGGACGACCAGAGCCCAGGCGCACCUGGGGCAGGCCCACCCGCCGGUGCAGGCUCAUCUGGUGCAGGUUCGCCUGGAGCAGGCUUAUCUGGCGGUGCUGCCGGUGGUACUGCUGCUGGCAGCGGUGGUGGUGGUGGUGGGUCUGCUGCUGCUGGUGCCAGCGGUGCUGCCUCUCCCAGUGUGCUUGCCCUUGCUCGCUCCCAGAAAAGGCGCCGGCGGUCAGAAUCCCCAGCGCCCCCAUCACCGUCUCCCCCUAUGUCACCUCACCCCACACCUCCUCCCUCACCCUCUCCUCCCUCUCAGACUCCCCCGUCUUCUCCCUCUCCCCGUCCGCCCCUGUCCUCCGCAUCACCCCGUGCGGUGCCUGUCCAAGCCUCACCAUCAGCUCCGGCCACACUUCAAGCUGACCGUGCCUCGAGGCCUGCCAUGGCGGAAGAAGACAAGCGACGUGAGCUCAGCCAUCCACUGUUCAUGCCAGAGAGCUGCUACCGGGCGGCUCAAGCGAUGGAGAGGCGGCAGCAGGAGUCCAUGCAAUGGCCCAGAGAAGCAGCCGCAGGAAAGGAGCGAGGUUCGGGUCAGGGGGAAGAGGUAGGAGGAGUUUCUGAGGGUAGAGAAACAGGGGUAGCUGUGGAGAUAGGAGACAGGGGCGUGGCAGGAGAGGGAAGAGGAACAGGGGAGGGUAGAGGAGGAAUGGAGGGUAGAGCAGGAAUGGAGGGUAGAGGAGGAAUGGAGGGUAGAGGAGGAAUGGAGGGUAGAGGAGGAAUGGAGGGUAGAGGAGGAAGGGAGGGUAGAACAGGAAUGGAGGGUAGAGGAGGAAUGGAGGGUAGAGGAGGAAUGGAGGGUAGAGGAGGAAUGGAGGGUAGAGGAGGAAUGGAGGGUACAGGAGGAAUGGAAGGUAGGGGAAGAGGGGCAAAGCGGCGGAGGGUGAUAGCUGAGGGGGAGUCGCGGGAUUGGACGGUGGAUGUGGGGCUGGAGGAGCGGGUGGAGGAGCAGGAGGACGUCGUGGCGCUGGCAAUGCGGAGGGGCAAUCCUCGCUGGCGCACUGUGCGCACACCAGCUGGCAACGAGAGGGAUCAGGAGGAGGUGGUGGACUUUCUGCUGUCAAUCUACCGGGUGCUGCGGUCUGCGCGUCCGAAUAACACGAAGGAGGUGCGAGAAAUGCACUAG